AGGCCAAGAGCCAGUGUUGGCCACAUGUCUCCUCGCACUGCUUUUCCGUGAGAAAAAAGCACGAAAAUGCCGAGUGUUUACGUAAUCCGCAUUGUGUCGUUUCUCCCACAUUCCGCGUAACUAAUUCGCAAUCGAGAAACGUCCCAGAGUCUUUUUCUUCAACCGCCAAGUCGUGUUCACAUCCAACUCUGAAAUCCACCGCGAAUGAAAAACUUUGCAAAGAGUCGCCGUCUGCUAGUCACGUACUCGCGUCCUCGCGCCUCGUGUUCGUGCUCACAUCCUAAAGUGCGUAUUGAGUGCUCCCUUGUCCAAAAUCGUGAACACAUCCCAUAGCCCACAAUUCCUUAAGUCCCAAUUCCACCAGGAAGUGCUACAAAGAUAAAAAUUUAAUUUGAAUACUCGAUCGCAGGUGCCGGCGGCCACCAAGUGCUCGACCUAACCUCAAAGCUGUUCUUUGAUAAUCUCAUCGUCACCAUGCGCUCGGUCAUGGGGUGCUACUGUUGAGGUUACAAUUGUUGGAGGUUAGAGGCGAGGAGUUUUUCUUUGAGGUUAAGAAUUUCUGGGGGAGAACACUCAGCUCCAGGAUAGUUGAUGCCUACAGCGUGGGGUUGACUCCGCUUUCCUGGACCUCGUGUUUUUCUCGGAUCCAUGAUGGCGGCGAGGGUAGGCCAGGGCAGUAACGAGCCUAUCGAGGGCCCCGGUGUUUCCUACGCGAGCGUCCUCAACCUCCAGAGGGCAAAGGACAGUAACAAAGAAAACAUUUCCCAGACACAGAAACCAGCUCUGCAGGUCAAGGAACGUCUCGAAGGUCAACUUUCUGAAUCCAAUUUUCCCAAGGGUAAAUCUUAUCAGAAGUCAUCGCGAAGGUUUCCCAGGGGCGAUCGCGCACCCCCUGCAAAGGCACCUCUGGAUUCGCCGAGAAAUGCAGAAAAAAGUUUGGAUAAGAAGUUUGAGAAGAUUUCGGGAGAUAACGCAGAGGAGAAUAAAACUGACGAGAAAGGAUCAGAGAUAACUGAGCAGAAAAUUGAGUUGGCGAAUGGUGAAUUGGGAAGUGAUGGGGACUUCCAGACUGUAGCACCGAAGAAUGCGAGAAGAAAAGAGAAAUUUAGAGAGCACAGGGACCACAGAGAGAGACAUCGAAAUCGAGAGAGACAUCAUGUUCGAGCUCAUAGUGGAGGGAGUAAAGACAGAUUUAAAGAGAGAGUUGACAAUAAGGACAAGGAUAAGGAAGGAGUCGAUCAAAAGGAGGAAGGGGAGGAACCGGUGAAAUAUGUGGAAGCACCAUUGCCGGUUGUAAAUCCAUGGAGCAAGGGGAAGAGUAAUUCUGGUUCUGGCCCCGCUCCUGUUCCAGUUCCGGUGGUCGUUUCGGAACAGAAAGCUGAAAGGGAGAAGCGAGUUCUUCAACCACAGCAACAGCGGACGAAACCGAUCGAAAACGGCGUUUCUCCUGCGGUACAGCCGGUACACCCAACGAUCGUGAGAGCACCUAAGGACAGACGAAAAAUAAAUCAGAGGGCGAGCGAUUUCUCUGACAUUGGAGACUGGCCUUCUUUAGGAGCGCAAGGAGAGAAGAAGACGGUCGUAACAACUCCGAAACAAAAUGGUGUUGAUUCAAAAAAUUCGAAGGAGCACGCCAGUACUCCAGAAGGCAAAGGAAAAGAAAAUAAGGAGCAAAAUUACUGUCAGGAUGAUAGUGACGAACACACCGAUGGCAGCGAUAAAAGAAGAAAAUUUAAUAAACAAAAAUGGGUUCCAUUGGAUAUCGACCUGGCAAAAAACAGAAAUAAGAGGGAGCGAUCGCCAAAGUAUCAUAGUCAAAGAGAGAAAAACGCAGACGAAGAAAAUUGGAGAGAUAGAGAUGAGAGGUCCUACAAUUACAGAGGCCGCGGCGGCCGAAGUUAUCGUGGCCGAGGACGAGGUCGCGGUGCAUCUCGCGGCGGAUACAGGAACAGAAAUGAUCAGGAUUAUCCCGAUUGCCUCAUAAAUUACACUCAGGUUCCCAAAUUUGGCCAGACGGAUCCUAAUUACAUGAUGCCCUACAUGGGCACGUUUUAUUUUAAUAACACGUCAAACUACUUGAACCUCGACAACGUCACUCUCAAGGAAUAUAUUAGAAAACAAAUAGAAUAUUACUUCAGUGAGGAGAAUCUUUUGAGGGACUUCUUUCUCAGACGGAAAAUGGACGCACAGGGAUUCCUUCCAAUCACUUUGAUAGCUUCUUUUCAUAGAGUUCAAGCUUUAACUACGAACGUCGCUUUGGUAAUUGAAUCCAUCACAGAGUCUGAUAAACUGGAAAUGGUGGACGGCUUUAAGGUGAGAACAAAGGUAGACCCGCUGAAGUGGCCAAUUUUGGAUUCAGCCGGGAAUCCUGUUUUCUCGGAUUCCUCGGAUAUGAGUUCACACUCUCAAAGCGACAUGAUCUUCCCCCCAUCGCAUCCCGAAUUCUGCCCGAUAGCACGACCCCUGAUGGCAAUUCCCGCUCCUCCAGUCCCAAAAAUUCUGAGCGCAUUCAUCCCACCCGUGGGAAGACUGAGCGAAUCCGAAAGUGUUUCUUCCUCGAUUGGCGACACUUUGAACCCAGAUGUUCCCGAAUUCGUGCCUAUUAUUCUCUCACGACUUGGGGAAACGCUAAGUGAGAAAGAGGAAACUAUGGAGGACGAUAUCUCCAUUCGAACUGAACAGCCUAAUAUGGAAUCUUCUGGCGAUAUAAAAGUUGAUGACAAAUCGGUGAACGAAGAAAGGAAAGAAAAUAAAGUAGAACAGAAAAAUGCAGGCAAAAAAGAUUCGACGAAAGGCAACAAAGAAGACAAAUGCGGAGUGCUUGUUAAUGGCGAAAAGGAACCUGAGGAUGUUUGGAAAGAGGUAAAGAGAAGAGUGAAGCAGCCGCCGAGAGACAAGCCCGAAGACAAGGGAAAGAUCAGUAAAGAGGAACGAGAGGAGCUUGAUUUUCAAUUCGACGAGGAACUCGACACACCACCACCCACCGGACGACACAACGCCUUUUCCGAAUUAUCGGAGGAUGACGACGAUUACGAACUUUCUGAUGGAGACAUUAAUAAACUGCUGAUCGUGACGCAGACCUCGGAUGCGAUUUCGACGACGAGACUUCCAAAACAUGAAGGUCAUGAUCGCACUGGAGAUUGGAUGACGAGAAUGAAAAUGAGUCAGGAUCUGGAACAGGCGAUUAAUGAUGGAUUAUUUUAUUAUGAAGAGGAUCUUUGGACUGAAGAUGGCACAAGGUAUGGUUCGAUGUCUUCGAUCGGAAGUUACAAAACCGUGAACAUCAUCAGUCAGGAAGUUUUUGAAAAAAUUGCCCCGAAACUUCCACGGAAGGCGAAUCCGGAAGUUCCUCCACCACCUCCUUUGGCAUCUGAUGAAGUUGGAGUCGCACAAGUUACCUUCGCACCUACGACGAGCGUGGAAGGACAGGAAAGACGAGAACGCAGAAGUGAAAAGGCUCGCAGGACAGGUAGAGGGGCAGACAGUGGAAGAAGAGGCGCCGUGCCUAGAUUCUUCGCCGUCGUUAAAGAUGAUCCCGCCGUCGAUCCGAGAACUCCCAGGAAACGCAAAACCCGUCACAGCAAUAAUCCCCCUGUGGAGCAUCACGUUGGAUGGAUUAUGGACGUCAGAGAACACAGACCUCGAACUUACUCCACCGGAAGCAGUGCUGGAACAAGUCCAAAUGAAGGACAGUUGGCCAGCAGUUAUGGAAGUGCUCCACAGUCACUUCCAACAUUUCAUCAUCCUAGUCAUGCGCUACUCAAAGAAAAGGGUUUCACACAGCAAGUUUAUCACAAAUAUCAUUCACGUUGUUUAAAAGAGCGCAAGAGGCUCGGAAUUGGUCAGUCACAGGAAAUGAACACGCUUUUCCGAUUCUGGUCAUUCUUCCUUAGGGAGAACUUCAACCGUAGUAUGUACGAAGAGUUCAAAGCUUUGGCGAAGGAAGACGCCAGCGCUGGUUAUCGUUACGGCCUCGAGUGCCUUUUCCGUUUCUACAGUUACGGUCUAGAACGAAAAUUCAGGCCGCAGCUUUACAAGGACUUCCAAACGGAAACGAUGUGUGAUUAUGAAAACGGACAAUUAUAUGGACUUGAAAAAUUCUGGGCUUUCCUCAAGUAUUACAAAAAUGCGGUCGAGCUCGACGUCGAUCCCAAACUUCAGGAAUACCUUUCCAAGUUUAAUAGCAUCGAAGAUUUCAGAGUUGUUGAGAAUUCGGCGACCGUAGAUCCGAAAAGCAAAAUGGAAGUCGACGAUCAUUCCCGUUUGAAUUACCAACAAGGAACUGUUUUGGUGUCUAAUACUUACGAUAAUUACAUUAGUCGUAGUAGUAACGAGAACUACAGCGUCUAG